AUGAGAGGCCCAGUCACAUCCAUCGUUGGCCCUAAUACCGUAUUUGCAGCGCUCGCCACCACCGUUAUAAUGAGUCAUGGACUCUUCGGGCGCAACAAGGAUGAUGAAGAGGUGUAUGUGGUUGAUAAGGACGAAAUUAUUGGCGUGCAGAAAGAAGCCGUCUGGAAGAAACGUAAUAUGGCGAAAGACCUAAAGACGGCGUGGACAUUCAAAGCUCAUCCCGUCACAGUGACACAGCUGCGAGACGCAUACUGUGCGGGCAAGGGGAACGUACUGAACAUCAAUGUGGGCGCGGCCGUACAGUUGCGGAAGCUUGAUGUCUCUGCAGACUCUAGACGUCGAGUGUGCCACUACUGGCAGUGUUGGAAUGGUUCAAAAGUUGAAGAGCUGUUCGGAGGUCGACACGGACGGGCGUGGCAAAUGGGCACGGAUGAGACACGGGAAGUAGAAUUCAACUUUGACGUUAAGGGAGAGGCCGUCCUUAUUCUUGAGAAACGACGUGAUACAGUUUCCCGGGAGGAGCAUCGCCGGCUCAAGAAGAGUAAACAGACGCAAUCCCAAGAACCAAGCCAGGUUGCAUCUGUCAGGUUGCCUCUUGGUGAGCGGCGAAAUCCUUUUCUUUCAAAGUAG